AUGGAGUCCGCACUAGAUGAUGAAUCGAAAUCAUCUCGCAGGUAUACAGCCAAAGCACGAAUCAAUGCUCUGCUAUCCUAUUUCGAAGAAGCAGGCGAAAAUUGGCAGAUGGCGAAGUGGACAUUCAGGGUCUCUGAAUGGGUCAUUAAGCAGGCGGGGUUGAGAGUUGAUGAGGAUGCUAUCAUAUCCGAAAACUCUCCAAAGUCAGUCGAACCGCAGUCAAACGAUUGGAACUGUGGCGACCAGUCCACUGCUGCGUUUUCUUCAAUUCCAGCCCCAUUUGCACCAUUCUUCACAAGCGAAUCACUAUUCGCCUUCGGCGAUGCAUUUCCGGAUCCGUGGCUGGAGAAUCUGUUUGGAGAUAUUUUUCACAGGUAG